GUGCCUACAACUAGGUUGUUUUACCUGCUAUUCUAGUGCUUAUAGGUUUGGGUUGAUUAUCCAAUCGGCUACUUGCUACUGAAGUAAGCUUGCUAGAGAACAGUAUGGCAACAGCAAUCCCUCUACUGAUGCUUGUAGCUGUUGGCCUUGCCAGCAAUGGUCUAUGUGAGAGCUAUCAAUACCAACCAACAGUCAGUGAUAGAGAUACGAAUUUAACUUGUUUUCCUGAUUCAUGGAAGGAGUUAGAGAAACACUAUAUUAUCAUGUUGAAGUCCAAAGACACUUGC